AUGUCAUCCAGAAUCUCCAAGGCCGCCUUCGAAGGACUAGCGAAGAAAAUACGCGAGAAUUCGGAGUCUCUCAAAAACCUCCAAUUUGCCGACAGUGCAACUUCCAAGACUGCUGUACAAACGAAAGACCUCCGAUUGGAUGUCCAUCGCAACACACGAGAUGCGACGAUGGCUACCGGCAUAAUUCAAGCAAACAGCCAAGCAACCGACACGACCGUCAAGGCAUUUAUUAAAGGCAAAACUGGAGGUCACAGUGGUACACAUCAAGUGAUUGGGCAGAAAAUACCUUUUGCGCUCGGCGAUAAAUUCGAUGUCGACAAGCUUGCGGAAUCAGUUGAAAAGACAAGCUAA